CUCAACCUAACAAUGGCUUCUAAAAUUACUUUAAUGCCCCUUCAGUUUGUCUGUUUGAUCAUUGUGGUGGUGAUGAUGCAUGGAUCAGAGGCACAGCAGCAGCCAUUGGUGAAGGGACUUUCUUGGAAAUACUAUGAAAGUAGCUGUCCGAAAUUGGAAUCCGUUGUUAGGAAGCAGUUGGAGAAGGUGUUCAAGAAGGAUGUCGGCCUUGCUGCUGCUCUACUCAGGGUUCACUUCCAUGAUUGCUUCGUUCAGGGUUGUGACGGUUCAGUGUUAUUGGAUGGAUCAGCAAGCGGGCCGGUUGAUAGUGAGAAAACCGCACCACCAAAUUUAAGCUUGAGGGGUUUCGAUAUCAUUGAGGAUCUUCGUCGUAGGGUUCAUAAACAAUGUGGUGCAGGUAGCGUCUCAUGUUCUGAUAUCACCGCCAUAGCUGCUCGCGAUGCCAUCGUCUUGACCGGUGGUCCGGAAUAUAGCGUUCCGCUAGGCCGAAGAGACGGAGUCUCAUUCGCCACAAGAGACGCAACACUUGCCAAUCUUCCGUCACCAUUUGUACCGACUGAGACGCUAUUAACUACCCUUGCCCCCAGAAACUUUGAUGCCACGGAUGCUGUGGCGCUAUCAGGAGCGCACACGAUCGGGGUCGCUCAUUGCCCAUCUUUCACACGGCGACUUUACCCUACGCAAGACGCAACCAUGGACCAAACCUUCGCUGGCAAUCUCAAAGGUGUCUGCCCGGAUGCCAAUACCAACGCCACCACCUUCAUGGACAUCCGAUCUCCAAACGUGUUUGAUAACAAGUACUACGUCGAUCUUAUGAACAAACAAGGACUCUUGACGUCAGAUCAAGAUCUAUAUACCGAUACAAGGACUCGAGCCAUCGUUACGAGCUUUGCGGUAAAUCAAACGUUGUUCUUUGAGAAAUUUGUGAAUGUUAUGGUGAAGAUGGGGCAGAUGGAGGUGUUGACAGGCGCACAAGGCGAGAUUCGCAACAAUUGCUCGGUGCGAAACUCGAACGACGUGCUUAUAUCGAGCGUUGUGGAGGGCGACAACAUCGAGAGCUUUUAGGGUUUCGAAAAAUGGUUUGUGAUUUUGGUGCAAUUAGGAUGUUAAUUAUGGUGUGGAUGUUUUAUGAUGUAUGAACAUUUUGCUUAAUUUGUGUAAUCAGGUAUCCAAAUCAUGGUCUUGUUCAAAGUGCUAUUAUAACCUAAUCAAGAUUCAGCCUCCUGAGCUCACACUGUGUUGUGUGUUUCUCCA